UUGCGGCCGCAGUUUAUCUCCGAUUUCACCGCCGCCCAUAUAACGAACGCGUAAAACGAACUUUCGGAAAUCCGGAAAUAAAACCGUCUGAGGUGCAAUUUUCGAACAGUGCUUACAGUUGUGAUCAGAAAAAAAUAAUCAAAAUGUCCGCAGCGCCCGAACUACCUGUGGGAUUCUUAGGUGUCCAGCCGAAAUUCGAAGAACUUGGACUAUCGGCACUAAGCCAUAUCGAGCCGGAAAUUCGUACAAAUGACAAUCAGAUUGAAAUUAAGUUAAAGUGUAAGGAGCCGCUGAAGGUAACGCACCAACUGAUCAACUGCCGCACCGGCGAUGAAGUCUCGCAGUUCGUGUUCACCCAGACGCUCCAUGGAACCAUUUCCUUCAUUAUUAGUCUACCGGAGUCCGGCUACUACAAAUUCCUGUUGUUCGCGCUCCCGCAGAACGAUGAUAGCAAGUCCCUACCGAAUGUCUACAACUACCUGAUCAACUGUGUCCGCGCCCUGCAUCCAGUCUUCCCCUUCCCCAAACAGUACGCUCAAUGGAAGGACGGCUGUUACCUUCAUGAGCCAUUGGUCCUCCACAAAGAUGCCUCCCUCCGCAACGUAUUCUUCAAGGUGAUAAUUCCGGGGGCGAAAGCCGUCGCGAUAGUCGCGGAUGGCGAGUGGAUCCACCUCGAAAAGAAGGGCAACCACUUCGAAGGUCACGCCAACCUGGAGCCGUUCAAAGGCAAGAAAGUCACCAUGAACGCUAACACUGGUGCCGAUGAAAGCAAGUAUGCAACCAUGUUGGAAUACGUCAUCUAACUAUUAGGACCUGCUUAAUACAAUUUAUCAAAUGCUGACGCUUGUUUGUAUUUGCUGGACAGAUAACAUUUUGGACUAAAUUUGGAUUAAACCGGAUAGCAACGAUAUUGAAAUAGUUACAAAGUAUUCGAAUUACAAAGAUAUUUACAUCUGUGUUUUUCUUCAGAUCAUAAUGCGAAUAAAUCCGCACAGCAUGUAUUUGGCGUGUAUUAAUUAUUUUCUAGACAAAACAUAUUUAUAGCUUUCACAACUAUCAUAUAGUUGUCACAGUGAUUUUUUUUACCUUUGUGAGUAUUUCUGGAGAAAUAAAUGCUGUAGGAUUUUCA